AUGCACCACCACGGCAUCGUCUACGACGUCGGGCUCAACUUCACCAACACCUCCCCCGAAAAAACCCUGUCCAUCCCCACCUUCAACCCCACCCAAACCACCCAGGACAUGCACACCAUCGCCCAAACCCUGCACGCCACCGCCGUGCGCCUCGAAGGCGAACCCCUCGACCGCCUCGCCACCACCGCCCGCCUCGCCCACGCCGCAGGCCUAACCGUCUACUUCAACCCGUGGAAGAUGCACGCCGACAUCGCCGAGACCUGCCAGUAUCUGGCCCGCGCCGCGGAAGUGGCCGAGCGGCUGCGCGUGCACGACGGGCUGACCGACCUGGUCUUCGUGGCCGGGUGCGAGUACAGUAUCUUCAGUCGCGGGGUGUUUCCGGGGCAGACGUUCGAGGAGCGGGUGGCGUGGUUUGCGGCGCAGCUGAGUGCUACCACUGUUAGUCCUGGGGGUGAGACCGGUCAUGGCGCUGGUGCUGGUGCUGGUGCUGGUGCUGGUGCUGGUGCUGCAAUCCCACCCUCCGUGCUCGCCACAUCCCCCCUGCUGAACGCGGCGCUCCGCGCCUUCGUGACAGAAAUCCGCACCCACUUCCACGGACCCGUCACGUACGCCGCGGGCACCUGGGAGGCCGUGGACUGGGACCUGUUUGAUAUCGUCGGGGUCGAUUACUACCGUCGGGGCGAGUCGGCGCGGGAAUACCUCGCGGGGCUUGAGCGGCACCGGGUCAUGGACCCUAGCCACAACAACAAGCAUCAUAAACCCCUGGUGGUGAUGGAGGUCGGAUGCUGUGCGUACGAAGGAGCGGCCGUCCGCGGCGAUGGCGGCUUCGCCUUACUCACAGGUCGGAAUCCUGAUGGCAGUGGGGUGUUUGAAGGGGAUAUCGUCCCGACGCGGAGCGAGCGCGAGCAGGCCGAUUACCUGGAGACGCAGUUGGGGCUGCUGGCGAGGCCCGAGGCGCAGGUGGAUGCCGUCUUCGUGUAUGUCUUUGCGUUUCCCUGUAUGCCCGCCGGGGUCGGGGCGAGGGAUUUCGACAUGAUGUGUUUCUCGUUGGUGAAGUACUUCCCGGAGGAGAAGAAAGGUGAUCAGAAAGCGAACGAGACUGGAAAGCCUCGAUGGGUGCCAAAGGAGGCCUUUUACCGUGUUGCUGAAUGCUUCCGGGCGAUGCGGGAGAAGUCGCAGCUUGUAGGGUAA